CCUUCACCCGCCGCCACACUCUCCACCAAAUCCCCCCUCGGGAUCCAUCCCUCCCCAACCAUCGCUCGCCACCUACAGUCUCCAGAUCCCGAGCCGCGCCGCCGCAUCGUCCUCGCCACUCCUUUGCGCGUGCCAAGCCGCUGAGCCACCCGAGCUCCCCUGCCCGAGGCCGCCGUCUUCAACUGGCCUCGACCGAGACCCGUCUUCCCCGACGACCCCUUCCUGCAGGACCCCUUCGCGCCGCCCCUCUCUUUUCCUUCCUUUCUCCUCUGGUCCUUCUCCCUCCACUCCUCGCUCUCACCUUGUUUCCCUGUAGGAACCAAAAAGAGCUGCCUCCUCUUGAACCACCAUGGCGUCCGAGUCCUCCUUACAAGACCACCACCGCCGCCAUGGACAGCCGCCGUCCAGGACCUUUGCCGCUGUGCCCGGCUCCUUCCUCCUCCUCAAGGAGAUGCCCUCGCCUCGAGCAUCAGCGCGCCAAGGCCCGCCUUCUGAAGUCCCUCAUCGCCGAACCUACCCAUCACCUGCAGGUACUGCCAAGCCGGGAUCCACCGCUGGGAACAGACACUUCCCCCUUUCCGAACCCUUCCGCCGGCCUCCACCACCUCGCCGGAGCUACUGCCGCGUCGUGCCGCCGUCGUUGACCCUUGUCUGCAUCGCCUCGGCCCCUAGCACUGCAUCCUCUAUUUCCUUCGAGAGAGCGAACACCUCGCCCGCGUUGACUUCGCCUGGACCCGGCCUCCCCUCGAUCUGGAGUCGCCUCGAUCUGGAGUGGCCCAUCGACCUCCAGAUCCACCGAACUAGGCCACACCGCUGCUGGCCCAGCAACCGGCCUCCUUCCUUUCCAGCUGGGCCAAAGCCCAUGGUGAGGCCACCCCACCGAAGCCCCUCUAUUUUUUUCUGUUGUUGGGCCAACAGAUUCGGCCCGAGGUGCCUUUUUUUUCCUGCUGAGAAUUUUUUCUAAUUUCGAGAGAAAGACAGUU